GCAAAGUGUCAGACUCGGAGAACUCAAAUCUGCAAACUCCUGAGACAAAGCUACAGCCAUGACCUCCAUCACCAACACCACAGUGCUUAACAAAUCCAAGUCGAGGCAGAACAUCCACCAUUUCACAGAUGUGCAUGGUCUGCCUUGCAUCGAGAAGAUCGUGAGCUCAGUGGAGGAAAUGCCUGAGUCCAUCAGCACCAACAUCACUGGCACCAUCCCACAGUGGAUCAACGGGAGCUUCUUGAGAAAUGGACCAGGAAAGUUUGAGAUCGGGGAUCACAGGUUCAACCACUGGUUUGACGGCAUGGCUCUCCUCCACCAGUUCAAGAUAUGCAACGGUCAGGUGACGUACAAAAGCCGCUUCCUGUCCAGUGACAGCUACCAGGCCAACAAGGAGGGCAACCGCAUUGCAGUGUCCGAGUUUGGGACGGUCAACGUGCCAGACCCGUGUAAAAACUUCUUCCUGCGCUUCCUGUCGAGAUUUGAAAUACCAAAGCCCUCAGAUAAUGCCAAUGUGAGCUUUGUGACCUACAAAGGGGAUUAUUACGUCAGCACAGAAACCAACAUCAUGCACAAGGUGGAUCCUGAGACGCUGGAGACGAUCGGAAAGGUGAACUGGAGCAAAUUCAUUGCUGUGAAUGGAGCCACUGCACAUCCUCACACUGAGCCGGACGGAACAACAUACAACAUGGGAAAUUCCUACACCGUCAAAGGAGCGUCCUACAACAUCAUCCGUGUGCCUCCAACCAAGAACAAGGCAGAGGAGACACUGGAGGGAGCCACCGUGCUGUGUUCCAUUCCCUCAGCGGACAAGAGUAAACCUUCCUACUAUCACAGCUUUGCCAUAUCUGAGAACUACGUGGUGUUUAUCGAGCAGCCCGUUAAGACGGACCUGGUAAAGAUUGUAACGGGGAAGAUGACGGGGAAAAGCAUCAGCGAUGGCUUUUCCUGGGACCCAACCCUCAACACCAUCUUCCACUUGAUUCACAAGAAGACAGGAAAGGUCAGCGCCGUCAAGUAUUUGGCCAAACCACUGUCAACCUUCCACCAGAUCAACGCGUACGAGGAGGACGGCCUCUUGAUCCUGGACAUGUGCGCUUCAGACGAUGGAGAGGCGAUCGCCAACUACAACAUCCAGAACCUGCGGAAGUCUGGGGAGGCACUUGAUGAGGUGUACAACACCCUAUGCAGAGCGUUCCCACGGCGCUUCGUGCUGCCCCUGAAGGUGGACCAUGAUACGCCCAAGUACCAGAACCUGAACACCCGCAAACACAGCAUGGCCACUUGUAUCAGAACUGAGAGGAACAAGGUGGUGUGUACCCACGAGGACCUUCACGGGGAUGAGCUUCAUGAGUACGGUGGUUUGGAGUUCCCUCAGAUCAACUACGGUCAAUACAACACCCGGCCCUACCGCUACUUCUAUGGCUGUGGCUUCAGACACCUGGUGGGAGACACGCUCAUCAAGAUGGACCUGCACGGGAAACACAUGAAGGUGUGGGAGAAACCUGGUCUCUAUCCCUCUGAGCCAAUCUUCGUACCCAGCCCUCAUGCCACAGAGGAGGACGACGGCGUCAUCCUGUCUGUCGUCAUCACUCCAAACAAGGACAAGAGUACAUUCCUCCUGGUUUUGGAUGCCAAGACGUUUGAGGAGCUGGGCCGAGCUUCGGUGCCCGUCAACAUCCCCUAUGGUUUCCAUGGGACAUUCAAUGCUUCUGCAUGAACACAUGACAGGAUGAGAGAUGAUGGAAACUCUUCUCAUGCAAAGUGAAUAUGUUCCUUUUGUUUAUAAGUUGUGUGUUUAUCUAGUUUGGAAGGUUUUUCAUGUAAGUGUAUAAAUCUCUAUACUGGCAUAGUUUGCUUAGAUGGAAAUCAAAAAUGUAAAAGAGAUCAUUGUUGUUUGUAGAUAUAAUAGCUAUUAUAUGAAGGUGUUAUACUGAUGUUGCACUGUGACACAUAUUUACAUUUACUUAUUUAGCAGAUGCUUUUGUCCAAAGGUGAGUUCCCACUGAGGGGAAACACUGAGUAUAGUGAGACCUUGAAGUGUAAGAACACAAAGAGCACAAGGUCUGCUCAGUAAAUUAACAGGAUCAUGUAAAGAGGUGUCCCACCACAUGGAAACUACAGACUAGAACAGCCUGGUCUGAAGUGUGAGUGAAGCCUAAACCAGACACACCACUACACUAUAUACAGUAUAUGCCACAGGUGUGGCAAACGCACUAUUCCUCUGCUCGCCCUAAGUCUUCACACAAUAGAAACGAUAUUCUUGGUUUGUAUUUUGAGCUUCCACUUCAAAACAAUGAGGCUCAAGAGCAUCUAUGGGGCUUAUUCUAAUGCUACAAAAAUACAACAACUUAUUUCACAACAGUUUUACACUAUAUAUAUAUACACACAUGUAUAUAUGUAUAUAUAUAUAUAUAUACUUUUAUUCUAUAAAAAGGUUCUAUGGAUAAAGGAGGACAUUUUAUGAGACCCAUUCUUUCCAAAGUCUUCAUCAGUGUUUGGAAACCGUUGAAGAGUAAGAGCUGCAUCCAUCACAUGAGACUGGAAUGCACAAAGAUGCUGAAAUGGCAAUGGAUGCACUGGAGCCAGGUUCAUAGGGAAGACAGGAGAAACCGAGUAGAUAACCCUUGACAUAAGCCGGGUCACGGGGCCUGGGUCUCAGCAGUUUGCUGGAUGGUGUUAAUCAGUUGUGGGUCUUGGGGCAGGCAGAUUAGAGUGAGCUGCUUUGGUAGAUUAAAAAUUCCCCACAUCUAGAGAUGAGGUCAGUAUAGAGUAGAAGGACUCUACAGGAUCACUGACCUCACUGAGAGGUCAAAAAGUGAAGGAGGAGCAGAAGGUGCAACUUAAACUAAUGUCUGGACACACAUACAAAACAGGUCCCAGAGGAAUAAGCUAUGUGAAUUUAAAACAUGAAUUAUAAACAGCUUAAUGAAAAUGUAAGUUUCCUAACUGACAAUAAUUCAAAUAUUGUAAAUAUUCUCUGAAUAAAAAAAGAUGACUGAU